AUGUUGACAAGGCAAUACAAAACUAACUCGAAACGCAAGCGAGCUCCUGAAGAAAUACUGGUCAGUAGAAAUGUAAAACAUUCUACUACUGGUAAUGCUUCCACCUCAGAAAGAAAUUUGUCAAAAAACGUCACUACUAAAAAGGUUUUAACGAAAGCUUCAAUUCCAAGAAGACCUUUAUAUUCAAACAAGGUGGUAACUAUUAAUAAUAGUACUGUUAAAACGCUUCCUAUCUCUUCGAAGCCCGUGCUUCGAUCAAACAAAUCGAUUGUUAGCCAUAAAAAUGCUACAACAUCAUAUCCUGGUACAAGGCCGGUUCCAUAUGAGUUGGGAGGAAACUUUACCGGCAAGGUAUCUUCUGCCAAUUUAAAUAAAGCUGAAUUAGCCAGAUUCCGUUCAGAAAUUGCACAGCACAAAAAGCAAUUGGCCGAAAUUCAGCGGGAAGCUGCUGAAUCUGAAGAAUACAACAAAGCAAUAGAAGCUGAGUUCCCGGGGUUGCAUGAUGAAUUAACAAAAGUAAAGCUUGAUUGCGACAUAAUGUUGGCAGAUAUUGAACAAUCAAAGGUGCUUGACAAACAACUCAACGUGAUGAAUGAAGAAAACAAUAGGCUCCACGAAAAUGUACAAAAGCUCAAUCAAGACUUAAGAUACAAGAAUGAAAAAAUCGCAGAGCAAAAAUCAUUGCAAGAGUCUCGUCUUAGGCAAAUUCAAGAAAGUUACAAUGGCUUGAAUUCAGAAGAAAAUACCCGAAAGGAGUUGCAUAAUCAACUUCUAGACCUUAAGGGUAACAUUCGGGUAAUGUGUCGUGUCCGUCCAUGUACUGAUGGAGAGAACGACGUUGUACUGGCUAAAUUAAAAUGUUCUGAUGAUAAGCGCUCUAUUGAAAUUUCCACCGAGAGAAUGUCUUUGUGGCGUACGAAAGUUGACACAUCGACAUUUAAGUUCGAUUGUGUUUUCGAUCAAAAAGCAGACCAAGAUCAAGUAUUCUCCGAAAUUUCUCCACUUGUACAAUCAGCUAUCGAUGGGUAUAAUGUUUGUAUAUUUGCCUACGGGCAAACCGGAUCCGGAAAAACCUAUACAAUGGAAGGUGACGUGAACAAUCCAGAAAAGAAAGGAAUGAUCCCUCGGGCCAUUGAUGUAAUUUUUGAUAAAAUUAAAGAAUUAGAAAAACUCGGAUGGAAAUUCGAAGCGUACGUUCAAUAUGUUGAAAUUUAUAAUGAGACAAUUCAGGACCUACUUGGUGAUGAGAACAAGACAAACAAUGAGCGCAAGAAGUUACACAAGAAAACAUACAAGGAGAGCAAAGAUUUAUAUAAGAUAAUGUACAACGAAAGUACUCGCAUGACAAUUGUAGAGAAUGCUGAAAGACGUAAGGUCAGCCGAAAGGAAGAUAUGGAAAGCUUGUUACGCAAAGCUUCAAAUCGUCGAUCCAAGGCCUCAACUAAUUCUAAUUUGGUUUCAUCAAGAAGUCAUGGCGUAUUUAUAUUUCAUUUAGAAGGAGAAUAUCCAAUUGGAAAUGCUAGCAGUCGAGGUUCUUUAAGCCUCAUUGAUUUGGCAGGAUCCGAAAACAUUGAUAAAUCAGGCUCGACUGGCAAUCAGUUAAAAGAGACACAAAAUAUCAAUAAAUCCUUGAGUGACCUUAAGACAGUGAUUCAACAGAUUAAGGAUAAAGCGAGUUACGUAAACUAUCGUGACUCGAUGUUGACAAACUUGUUAAAAUAUUCACUCGGUGGUACUGCAAAAGUAUGUAUGCUAGUCAACGUGUCGCCAUUUGCUGAUUCAGUCAAUGAAACCAAAAAUAGUUUAACCUUUGGGCAAACAGCAAGAAAAACACAUGUAGGAACGGCUUCGAGAAGCGGUCGUUUCUAA